UUCUUGAUUAUAAAUAACAACAUAUUCUUCGCUACUGGAUUGGAUUAGUUAGUUCAAUAUAUUUGAAAUAUGACGCAUCUGCUCAAAGGCUUUGCACAGCCCGAAAUUAAAGAAACGGUCGCCAACUACGGUUCCCUGGAUGCAACUGUCAAGGAGCUGCUGUUGAGUGCUCAUGCUGUGCGCCAGCGCGCCUACACGCCCUAUUCUAAUUUUAAGGUUGGCGCCGCCUUUCGUGCCACACCCAGCGAUAUAAUCUUUAACGGUUGCAACGUUGAGAAUGCCGCCUUUACACCAACAGCUUGUGCUGAACGUACCGCCCUUACCAAGGCCGUUAGUGAGGGUUAUCAAAAAUUCUCCACAGGCGCUGUUGUAGCUUAUGCACCCGAUGUGUUCACCUCACCGUGUGGCGUCUGUCGGCAGUUUAUACGCGAGUUUGCGGGCAACACCGAUGUACCCAUCUAUAUAGCCAGAGCCAUCGAGGAGCGUUCGCCGACGGAGCCGUUUGUCGAUGAUGAUCCUGUGCUCUGCACAUCCAUAUUUAAUCUAUUGCCAAACAGUUUCCACACGUAUUAGGACGACAAACAAGAAUUUCAAGGUUUUUCCAUAGCUGUCAUUAUAUGUUUUGUGUAUUACAGUGACCAACUACAAAUAUUAAAAAAAACAAUCUACUACACUAGCUAACAAAAUGGUUUUCUUUUUGAAAUUAUGAAAUAGACUGUUAUGUAAUCGUUAAAAGUGGAUUUUUCGAAUUUCACAUGUGAAAAAUGCAAGCUAUUAUUAAUCAUACGAAUGCUGUAGUCUGAAUCGCUAUCUUCGUAUACUCUGGACUUGUGCAAUCAAUAACAUUUCUCAAAUUUCCGAGAAUUAUGAUGCAGCCCUUUAAAGUGCAUGUUGCUAUAUAUAAUGGAUUCUUAUCUGGGUUGGAAACUUAAGUUACAGUAACUCAACGAAUAACUCCCGCAAAUGAAAUGGAAAUUAUUUGUAUUUUCAUUAUUCAUUUUUGUUAAAGUGUGUUAUCAAAGCUUAUCACAUUACUGCAACAGGGAAAAUCUAAUCUAUUUGUUGGUGACUGGAUUAAUGACCCGAUGGACUGAGUAAAUCAUAUAU